GGCGCUGCUUUCUCUACAAAAAGCGCACCUACUCCGCCGAUUCCGCCCGUAACACCGCGAUCUAUCACACAAAAAUGGAGGACGACGUGUUGACCACUCUGAAAAUACUUAUAAUUGGAGAAAGCGGCGUUGGAAAAAGCAGAGAGACGACUUCAAAACGCAGCUAGACUCUGCCCUCUGCUGGUCAUUUGAUGCCACUGAUGGGAUUUUGAUACUGCAGGAUUCUUUAAUACCAGUUAUCGUCCCAUUCCAGACAGAAGAAUGAAUCACCUCCUGUUGAGAUUCACAGACGACACUUUCGACCCUGAGCAGUCGGCUACAAUAGGUGUGGACUUUAAGGUCAAGACUAUUACGGUGGACGGGAACAAGGCGAAGUUGGCGAUAUGGGACACGGCCGGGCAGGAGCGCUUCCGAACACUCACGCCCAGUUACUACCGCGGCGCCCAAGGAGUCAUUCUGGUGUAUGACGUGACGCGGAGGGAAACUUUUACAAAACUCGAGAACUGGCUCAACGAACUGGAGACAUACUGCACCCGCAACGACCUGGUGAAGAUGCUCGUGGGCAACAAGAUCGACAGGGAAAACCACGAGCUAGACAGAGCCGAAGGACUCAAGUUUGCACGAAAACAUUCCAUGCUUUUUAUAGAGGCCAGCGCCAAGACCAAAGACGGUGUGCAGUGUGCGUUCGAGGAGCUGGUGGAGAAGAUCAUCCAGACGCCCGGGCUGUGGCAGAGCGACACCCACGGCCGCAGCGUCACCCUGAGCGACGAGGACGCGGGCGGGGGCGGGUGCGGGGGAUACUGCUCCCUGCUCUAAACCCCGCGACACCCCGCCUCGCCUCCCCCCGCCCGACCCCCCCCUCUCUCGCCUCACGCAUAUCCAGAAACUGUGAACGACUCCGCAAGCCCCGCCCUCCCCCCCGCGCUGUCCGAUACGAGACUCCGCCCCCUCACACUCGCUGUUGUUUGCACACCCGGAGUAACUCUGCUGCUCGAUAACUUUCUCUGUUCAUUGGAGUGAGAUUGUUCGGUUGUGUUUGUGCAGUCGCUGACGUUUACAUGCAGACGAGAUGUUCUCAUCAGUCCCAGAACACAAUCUAAAGCCACAGUAUGGAACUUUUAGACAAAAAAUACAAAAGAGUUUCCCAACUUUCAGUGAACAGGGCAGAGUUUGGCCUCUGCUAACACCAACUAGCAUGCUAACAGUGCAUCAGCCUCCUCUGUGUUUCCAUGAGAAUGUGGUUCCUUUGGCUCUAAUAUUCCACAAAAUGGCAUCAAACGUAUCCAUCAACAAUGAGAAUUUUCCAUAGUAUUAUUCGAACUUUUUAUUACCAUGGAAGCAUGCAGGUGACAAACCACCUCCAGAAAGUUACAUACUGUACCUUUAAAUAAAAGUCCAUAUAAAACAAUGCUUUAACCUAGAGUUUUCAAAUGAAUUUUGAAUAGUCUUGAAAUAAGAUUUGCCAAUAAAAGAAGACUAUUUGAAGUACGAGACAUUUUAAGCUCGUUCCUUUGGCAAUCUUAUUUUAAAACUAGUCAAACUAUACUGAACUCAAGAUAAAUACCACUCAUGAUAUUAGAUUCUUUUUUCAGACCAAGAGUUUGUUUUCAUACCUGACAGUUUCGACUGCUCACUAGUGAAAUAUGGAAACAUGCCCACUGGACUGUAAACAGGGACGAAGGGGCUUUGUUACUCUCACACACCUGGGCUACUGUCCUGAGGAAGUGGGACUGCAGGCGCUGUCGUCCUGCCUCCACCGGUUGGAAGCCAGCGCCAGAACCUGUUGAAAUCAGCUGAGCGAACACGUCACAGCAACAUCACCUGACCCCCACGAGCAGUCAAAAAAUGUCAGGUCUGAAAACAAACUCUUGGCCUGAAGAAAGAACCUAAUAACCUAAAUUAUCAGAAGACUAAAUUAACCUCUUUGGACUGUAAAUACCACUUAAUUCAAGCACCUAUUAAAUGAUUCGUUGCUCUCCACAGAGACACUGCACUAAAAGAUCAGCACACAACUGAGAGCUUUAGAGGAGGUUAAAUUCAUUUGCUGUAUAUGCAGUACUAGGCUUAGAUAAAGUAUCUUGAAUAAGGUGCUAAAAAUUGUGACUUUAGAUCAGGAGUCUCCAACCUGUUGCUCGGGGACUACCAGUAGCUCUCCACCCCCUUACAAGUAGCUCGCCAAGGGAUUUCAGAAUUAUACUUAUUAAUUACCAUUGUAAAAGUAUCAUUUUGAACUUCGUGCUCUAGUGAAUCGAUAAUGGUUUUACGUUUUAGAAACAUCUAACUGUACAACAUCUAAGGUUUGUCCUCUUAUAUCGACUCAAUUUCUUGCGACCGCUAAAAUUAAUUGCUCUCUGGCAUUUUCAUUUUGUAAAGGAAGCUCACCGGAUGCAAAAGGUUGGAGAUCCCUGCUUUAGAUCUGUGCCAAAAUUCUGAUCUGGAGUAUCUAACUAGAAUAUAAGUACUAUGUCUGUUUUAGGUUAGGUUUAGAAACAUCCAAACUCCAAAUCGAAAAGCCUUAUACUUAUAGUUUAGAAACUCAACUUGGGACCUUCUUGCGGCGGGGCGAGAUUACAAACCACUGCGCCACCUCCUAAAUCACUAUGAACUUUACAAAACCUACAUAUUAAUUUAUACUUGGACCAGUCAAAUCUGUUUUAUUUUCUCCACGAACGCCGUCUCUGCUGCAUGUAAACCCUCGUAUGAGCCGUGCGGACGUUGUGCUUGUACAAACCAAACGUGUGUGUCGGACUCUGGACGCGGUCACAUAUCAAAGCACACACGUUCAGACCUGUUUGAAUCCACAGCCUGAACUCCUCACCGUCCUGCUCCUGUGCUGGUUCUGCUCGGUGCAACGCUGCUUAAGAGACUCUUAACGGAACCUUGUCAGUAUCUUUUUUUUUUUUUUUUACGUCUUUUUCUUGCCUUGUUUGACUUCGCUGAUGUUUGCAAUGACUUCGUAGGCUGGCUCGAGAAUUUUCUACGUUAUUGCUGAUGUUAGAGACCCUAGUGUUAAGUUUGGGAGUUUUUGAAGUGCAUUUGUAUGUGGUUACGUGAACUCAUUUUGAAUAUUCAUAAAGUUAAAGGCGCUGUACCUGAUUUUUCUGUCUUAAAAAUGUGAAAAAACACAACUAGCUCAAUUUAAAACAGUUCGCAGUCGUUCAAAGUUCUUCCUCACUUACCUUACGUAUUCACCGUGACGAGUUUACAAGCACUUUUCACAACAUUUAUAAACCAGAGCACAGUUUUGCCGCAACCGUAAUGCAAACUAACUACAACAAGCAUGCUAACACGCAGUUCCUGAUUCCCACUGAACAGACAGCACACAGCAGACUUAUUUUUACCUCAAGAGCCUUAAGAACACAUGGAAAAAAUCAGGUACAGCGCCUUUAAGAAUGUGUUAAAGAUGCACUGUGUAACUUUUUUUAGUUGGAGGGCCCCUCACCUGCUUGUAUCCAUGGAGAUAUAAUGGAAUGAUUCACAGUUUGGCAUUAAAUUUAUCUGUAUUUUCAGUUACAGAUGUUUUUAUUGCCACUUGUUUUUCUCCAUGGAAUUAAGAGAAGUUUAAUGUCAUACUGUGGAACAUCUCAGGUGAAGCAAUAACAUCUCCAUGGAAACAAUCAGGAGACAGACCUUCCACCAGAAACGCUACAUAGUACAAGUCAGGGUACGUUCAGACUGCAGCCUGAAGUGACCCAAAUCAGAUUUUUUCGCCCCUUUGUGACCUGUAUCUGAUCUUUAAUGACUUUUAAUGAGUUUGAACGACAUAGAUCAGAUUUUUUCAAAUGUGACCCAGGACACUUGGAUAUGUGCUCCUGAAAGCGAUACAUAUCUGAUCUUUUGACAUGUGACUUCAGUCUGAACGGUCAGGUCACAUUCAUCCCACCUACACGUCAGGCUCGGAGUCUCGUCACUGGAGGGAAAGAGACGUUAUCGAAUUCAUUAAUAUUUGGGGGGAUCGCUGUAUUCAGGUCAAACUGGAGGAGUCUUAUCUGAACCGGGCGAUUUUUGAAAUGAUUGCCAAAGAAAUGUCCAAGCAUGGCUUCAGCUGGUCCUGGCUCCAAUGUCAACGAAAAAUCAAGAGUCUGCGAGCCAAAUACAAGGAAGCUAAAGACGUAAACAAACGAAGCAGUCGUGGAUGAGUAACCUGUCCAUUUUACCAAGAAUUGGACCAGAUUUUUAGAGACAAGCCCAGCGUUUAGGUCAGGUAUGUCCAAACUAUGGCCUGUGGGCCAAAUCCAGACUCAGAAUUUUUCUUGGCCCUCAGUCUUCCAGGUGAUUUGGCCCAAAUUACCUUGCACCAAUUAAAAAUUAAGUUUUUACUGCAAGUUUUUUGAAAAUCUACCUUGAUAACGCUAAUCUUUAAUAUUUAGUGUGUGGUUUUAAGGAUCUUUGCAUGAAUAAAGACUGAUGAUUCUUUCUAACGUGUUAAACAUGCACAUAUUUCAAUUAUUCACUGUACUGAGCUCCAGUCUACGGCCCUCGAUCGGCCCUCUGCUUCAUCUGUGUUUAGAUAUGUGGCCCUUGAUGAAAAAGUUUGGACUCCCCUGAUUUAGGCGACUUCUGUAAACACUGAGCACACUCGCUGUGUGUGACGUCAUUGUGUCCUCCCAGUUGCAUGUGGGACACUUUUUUGGGCGUUUAAAAUUCACACUGGAGAUCACACACAAGUCGCAUUUAACUGGAAAUGCAAACGACCUCGCAAAAAAAUCUGAAUUGAGCGUUAAGUCCUGCAGUCUGAACGUAGCCUCAGUCUCACUGCGAUGCCUGAAGUAAAUUUCUCAUUCAUUUUGAACUUCUCAUUAAGCAAUUAAAGGCACGAUGUAGUCUAAAAUGGGAUUAUUUUCAGUCAAAACAAAACAACUAAAAUACUAAAAAGUUAAAGGUGCUCUGUGUAAUUUUCCGUCACUAUGGAAAUUAUUGAAGUUGAAGUUGUUACUUUGCCUGGAAUGUUUCACAAUAUGGCAUUAAACAAAUCUAUUUCCAUGGAGACAAGCACCAGGCCAGAGUACAGGUCUGAUCUGUGGAGAGGCGGACAUGCUUACAGUAGAUUGCAUAUUUUUCAAGCUAUAUUUUUAUUGUAAAACCACCUAGAAUUAAAUUAUAAGCAAGUUUAAAGCCAUACUGUUGUACAUUCCAGGGAAAUCAUAUAAAAUCUCCUUAGGAUAUCUCCACAGACACAAACCACAAAGUUGCAUGGUGCAUUUUCAAGCUAAAUGUUUGGAAAAGUAUCAGAGACAGAUCAUAAAUGAACUCAGAAUUCCCAAAAUAUUCCAUUGGAAAAACGAAUGGGAUUUUUACUCCGGGAACACAGGAAGGAGAUGGGACUGUGUGAGCUGCAGUUUGUCCACUUUCAAACCAAAAAUGCAAACCCAAACAGGAUAUGAUACUAUUUCUAAAAUCAAAUUCUAAAAUACUAGGCACAAAUUGCAUAGAAUGGCCCGUUUUGAGCUAAAUAAACUUCAAAAACUUCAAAUUCCAUAACUUGUGAUUCCUGAAUUUGGACCCACAGAGCACCACAUACAACUCCACAUGAAAAAAAUACCAAACUGAAAAUGUACUUGCCUUUUUAUAACGGAUAGCUCCAACAUCUUGGCCUCUGUGGGCUCUCUGUAACUGUACCGCAGUAUUGGGUCAUGAAUUUUUUGGGUCUGGAAAAAUGUUUUGAACUCUCCAGUCUGGUGAGUCACUUUGGUGUUUCCAGUGAAUUCGGAAAAUCUGGGAAAUUGAAAUGUUUAAUUUUUUUAUUUUUUUUUGCAUGGAAUUAUCUUUGUGCCAUUUGUGUGUUAAGUGAAUGAACGACAAGCUGUUUACUUUAAGGUCUUAUAUUACGCAAAAUGAACUCUUGUGAGCUUUUAGUCAUGUUAGAAUGUCGUUACCUCGUCAAAAACAGACCUGGAGUUGUGUUUUGUUUGAGUAACUGUUUAUUAUUAGUCUGUCUACAUCUCCAAAGCUCAAAAAUGCUCUGUUCUACCUUGUGAUGUCAUGAAGCGGUAGUUUUUUAAUUUCGUUUUACCUUGUGUUCAGUAGAGAUUGACAAUUCCAGAGCUGAAAAUAUCCAAAUGAUGCUCUUAGACUACGUUGACACCGAAACAAAUCCAAGUCACCAUAUCGGAAACGUUUUGCGUCCAGACGCAUCGUUUCUGUGUCCGCAAGCUUUCCCUAUCCACACAGCUUUGAGCAUUUUAAAUAAACAAAACUUAAAACCACAUGGCUCAUUUGCAUAAACUGAACGCUCAAAAAACAGCUCGCUCCUUGUGCGCUGAUGUGGUUCAGCUUCUGUCGGACUAAAGGACACGACUCAGAGCAAUAUGAGUGUUCUUUCUGUGACAGAGGAUGUUCUGCUGAUGGUGAGUCUGUUCUGUGUUUCUAUCGCGUUGAAGAUGUUUCAUGUUAAACUUUUGAGAGAUUAUACGUCUGCAGAUCGUACGCACAGACCGUAUACCGUAUUUUCCGCACUAUUAGGCCCUCUGGAUUAUAAAAUGCACUGUCAUUAAACGGUCUAUUUUUUUACAAAUAAACCGCAUCGGACUUUAAAGGAAACACAACAGUGUGAUGGGUGAGUGGUUUUGUUUGUUUGUUUCGUUCACAGUGACUCUGGGCUUUGUUCAGUUGUGGUGUGUAGGGAGGGUGUGUCUGGGACCAACGGAUUGUCGGCGUGUUCGCAGUGACUCAGUUGUCCAGUUGUGUCUAGAAGUGGCACAUAGCGCUUACUUUUUUGGUUCGUUCCUCCGUUCCGUUCCUUGUCGGCGUGGAGUGAUGAUUGUGUCUGUGGGUGUGUUUCUCUGUGCAGUCGCUGUCUGCUCCAUGUGUGUUUGUGUGUUCUGUGGGUGGUGUGGCUUUGUAGUUUACUGAAGUCGUGCUGGGACACCUGAGUGGAUUCGUGUAUAAGGUGCUCUGGAUCGUGGGGCACGCAGUCGUUGUUUUGAUGCGGUUAGAGGCUUAAGAGCGCGUCUUAUAGCCCAGAAUAUACGGUAUAUGAAUGGACAUAUAUUCUACCCUCUUUUUGUUUUGCGCUUUGGCCGUGAAUUACUUCGAGGCGCAUAGACCUACAUGAGUGUAUCAGCGUUUUCAGGCGUCCGCACGGUGCCGGAUCAGAUCUGUACUCAGAUGAAUUCGUGGGAGCUGGAGGCACCAGAUUGUUCCAUCUCUGGAGCCGUUUUCAAUCGGAUUAGUGUGGACGAACACUGCAUCCACAACGAAAAUAACUCGAAUACGAACUACAGGAGAACUGUGGACGGGACCUUAAAAGUGUAUGGAAUUUAAAAACACAGUGGUGCACUUCCUGUUUUACUACAUGACAUCACAAAUUGGAACGGUGUUUUCUGUUUGAGGGAAGUACUCAUCGAAAAUCUGCAGGGUUUGUGCAUUAAACAUGUGUGAAUGAAGCAAAAAAACACAACUCCAGUUCAGUUUGUGAUGAGGAAACAACUUUAUAACAUAGAUCAGAAAAUAGCGUAAUAUCGAUUCUUUAAUCUAUAAUAUUUUUAACUUAUACUUAGCUGAUAGUAACACCGGGAUAUCAUUGUAUGCUAUGGUGCAAAAGGAAGUAGUGUUUUAACUUAAAGAAGAGUUUGGGAGAAAGGUGGGCACUAAACCUUGUAUAUUUGUGUAUUUUGAACGUGGUGGGAGAUUCUUGUAUGAACUGUAAAGCUGAAUGUAAAUUCACUACAAACCGGCCAUGUAUUAAAAUCAAUAAAUUUCUCUUUUUUAGGAA